UGAGACUUGAGAGCAUUUUGUGCCCGAUUUGGAGCUAUCUGCAGAAAAGGAUAGUCCAUACUGUGUUGUUGAACAAAUUCUUUAACUCAUAUGUUAAUGAUCAAUAUGGGAAAUUCAAGCUCCAAUAAUCAGCAUCCUACUAAAAGAGGAAGAUUCAAGUACUCGAAGAGAAAGCACAACCAGCUCGGUGCAACUUGCUGUGCAGGUUAUGAUCGUGGUUAUCAUGAAGGAAUAAAGAGUGCAAGAGGGGACAACCACGUUUGUGAUUUCUCACCUUCUUCGGAUCUAUGCAUUUACGUCGUUACUUGGAAUAUGAAUGGCCAAGUGUGUUACCAAGAUUUGGAGGAGAUUGUUGCCGGGAACAACCGCAAGUUCGAUCUUCUGGUUAUCGGUCUGCAAGAGGUGCCCCGGAAAAACAUUUCACGACUGUUGCAGACAGCGCUUCUUGAUACUCACAUCUUGUUAGGAAAAGCCACUAUGCAGUCGAUACACCUAUAUGUAUUUGGUCCACGGGGCUCAGAUUUGUUCCUCAAAGGUAUGAAGGUCGAUAAACUCUCAGUUGGGGGAUGUGGAGGACUAAUUGGAAGGAAGAAAGGAGCUGUGGGAGUACGCAUCAACUAUAAAGGCAUUCCAAUGGUCUUUAUUUCUUGCCAUCUCUCUGCUCAUGCUUGCAAUGUGGGGAAGAGGAAUUCGGAAUACAAGAGCGUAUCAGAAUCUCUUUUCUCCAAGAUCUUGAACCCUUACGCAUCACCUCCCAAAAUCAUUGUUUGGUUGGGAGAUCUCAACUAUAGAAUACAAGGGAUUGAAACUCAUUCUGUACGAAAUCUGAUAAACAAAGAUCUUCACGGACUACUAACCAGCAAUGACCAACUAUUACAAGAGGCCCAGAGAGGAGAAAUCUUCGAAGGAUACCACGAGGGAACGAUCACUUUCAAACCUACGUACAAAUACGACGUCGGAACUAGCAACUAUGACACGAGUUAUAAGGUGAGAGUGCCGUCGUGGACUGAUCGGAUUCUAUUCAAGACAGACGAAGACAUCGACGGCGAGUUCCAUGCGACACUUCACUCCUACGAUUCCAUGGACGAAAUUCACAGUUCAGAUCAUAAACCAGUCAAAGCUCAUAUAUGUUUGAAACUUACCAAAUCACCAAACACAUCACGAUCAUGA